AUGCGGCUCACAUCAGCUGCCUUCUCUCUGUAUUGUGCCUCAGGCGAGCGUGGCGGCGACGAAAGACCCAAGCGAGCGCCUGCGCGGCUUGGUCGCCCUGCGUGCCUCCUUGAUGGUACCUACAGCGCCUGCCAAACGAUCAGACACGCGCGCGACCCGAACGAGCAGCACUUGAGGAACGAGCUGCGCGCCAUCGCGGACGGACUGAAGGAUGUGCUGAGCGAGCGCUUCGAUCCGCAUUCGCUCCUCCUGACGCAAAUCGAACGCACCUCACCACUCACUGUGCUCCAGAAGGUGGUCGACACCGAGUCCGUCCACCCGUUGGCCUCAGUCGACGCCUUCAAAGCCCGGCUGGGCAAAGGCAGAAAGUGCUGGGCCUUCUUCCAUCCACUGCUCCCCGAGGUGCUGCCUCUGUCAAUUCCCUGCACCGCAAGGCACCGUUGA